CCAAUCCCGGGGGUCUCCCGGGGGUCCCAGAGGCCACGAGCAAGCGCCGGAUCCGAUUGGACGGGGCCGGGGCGCUGAACGUGUUCCUGGUGCUGGACGCGUCGCGCAGCGUCAACGCGCGCGACUACGAGAGCGCCCGCGACGCGCUGGGCGAGCUGGUCGAGAAGAUCGCCAGUUUCGGGGCCGUGCCCCACUACGGGGUGGUGACGUUUGGGUCGGAGCCCCGCGUGGUGCUGAGCCCCACGGAGCCGAGCGCGAGCGACGCGGCCGCCGUACGGGAACGGCUCAAAGGGAUGAGCCUGGAAGGCCGUGCCAACAUGGGGGGGUCCCCGGUGCCCGUCCUGCAGCAGAUCCGGGAACUGCUGAGCAUCGGGAGAGACCCCCGGGACCCCCGCGAGGAGUUCCUGGACGUUUACACCUUCGGGCUGGGCGAGGACCACGACAAAAUCCUGCUGAACGAGCUGGCGUCCAAAAAGGCCGGGGAGACGCACACGUUCUCCCUGCGGGACACCGAGGACCUGCAGGAGGUGUUCCACCGCAUGAUCGACGAGAGCUCCACGCUGGGGCUGUGCGGGGUCAGCCUGGAGCACAACGCGGCCGGGGACCGAGAGAGGAACCCCUGGGAGGCGACGGUGACGGUGACGAGGCCGGGGCGGGGCCAGGAGCGCUGCCAGGGCUCCCUGGUGUCCCCGUACUUCGUGCUGACGGCGGCGCAUUGCUUCCGCUCCGAGGAUGAGCCCACCUGGCUGGGCGUGGACAUCGGCUCCCGGGAGCACCGGGGGGUGCGGGGGCUGUUCCUGCACCCCGAGUUCAGCCCCGGCUCCCGCCGCAACCGCGGCGUCCCCGAGUUCUACGACUUCGACGUGGCCCUGGUGCAGCUGGACCGGAAAGUGCAGCCGUCCAGCACGCACCGCCCCAUUUGCAUCCCCACCGGACAAAAAGGCAAACACCGGGCGCCCGGGCCCCCCAGGACGCCCCGGAGAGGCCCCUGCCAGGACCACCGCCGGCUGCUGCUGCCCCCCAAGAACGUCGAGGCGUUUUUCCUGCACCCGCGCGGCUCCGCGGGGCUGCAGCGCCAGCGGGUUCUGCUCAAGCUGGGGGACCAGCGGGGUCCCUGCGAGGCCGACGCUCUCCGUGCCCCCCCCUACGCCAACGUCACCUCCCUGGACGACGUCGUCACCCCCCGGUUCCUGUGCUCGGGGGGCCACGAGCCCCAGGUGGACCCCAACGCCUGCCCCGGUGACUCUGGUGGCCCCGUCGUUGUCACCUGGGGCAAGAGACACUUCCAGGUGGGCGUGGUCAGCUGGGGCGUGGUCUCGGCUGUACCUGAGCGCCCCCGCGCACACCUCGGCACACCACGGGUGCCAGUAACCACAGGUGCCAGCCCCAGGUGA